UCAACUAUCUAACUCUAUAUUAAGGAAGAGAGACGAUCACGAAAAGUAAGUAAGUGACUUGUAUAUAUAUAAGUGAGAUCUAAAAAAUCCAUAACGGUAUUUGGAAUUUCACCAGUUUUGUUCUCCUCUCUCUUCGUUGCCUCACUUCUGUAUCUCCCUCUUUUGGUCCUUCUAGAAACUCUCUUAAGAUUCUCAUAAUUUUACAGUCUGGAUUUUAUUUUGUUACCAAUUUGUUUUUUUUCAAGAACGCGUAUCAAAUUUUGAUAUCUCUUGCUACGCAAUAACCUUCCCUUAUAUAUAAAGCCUUCUCUAUUUUUAUUUCCAUCUCCUUCCUUAUAGAUCCCGUGAAAGUUUUUAUAUUACCUAACUUUUUUUUCCCUAGGAUAACUAUGAAAAAAGAGGAGGAAAGAAAAGAAAGAAUGGAGGAGAAAUCUUCGAAGAAGAAUGAUGGUGGAAAUCAGAAAGUGUCGUUUUUCAAACUCUUUUCGUUCGCCGACAAAACCGACGUAGUUUUGAUGACCGUCGGGACUAUUGCCGCCGCGGGUAACGGCCUUACUCAGCCGUUCAUGACUCUAAUCUUUGGCCAGCUCAUUAACGCCUUUGGCACCACCGAUCCAGAUCAUAUGGUUAGAGAAGUGUGGAAGGUUGCUGUAAAGUUUAUAUACCUUGCAGUAUACUCUUGUGUCGUCGCAUUCCUCCAGGUAUCAUGCUGGAUGGUAACGGGAGAACGUCAAUCCGCCACAAUUCGUGGUCUAUACCUUAAAACGAUAUUAAGACAAGAUAUUGGCUAUUUCGAUACUGAGACAAACACCGGAGAGGUUAUCGGAAGAAUGUCUGGAGACACAAUUUUGAUUCAAGACGCCAUGGGAGAAAAGGUUGGCAAAUUCACACAACUACUAUGUACUUUCCUUGGAGGAUUCGCGAUUGCGUUUUAUAAAGGCCCGCUUUUAGCUGGUGUUCUUUGCAGUUGUAUCCCUCUGAUUGUGAUCGCAGGUGCAGCCAUGUCUCUGAUCAUGUCUAAAAUGGCUGGUCGUGGUCAAGUCGCUUACGCAGAGGCUGGAAACGUAGUUGAACAAACCGUUGGAGCCAUUAGAACAGUAGUAGCGUUUACGGGAGAGAAACAAGCAACGGAAAAAUACGAAAGCAAGCUCGAGAUCGCUUACAAGACAGUGGUUCAACAGGGUUUGAUCUCUGGUUUCGGCCUUGGUACAAUGUUAGCCGUGAUCUUUUGCAGCUACGGUUUAGCGGUUUGGUAUGGUGCAAAGCUGAUAAUGGAGAAAGGUUACAAUGGCGGACAAGUCAUCAAUGUGAUUUUUGCAGUCUUGACCGGAGGAAUGUCGUUAGGGCAAACAUCGCCAAGUUUGAAUGCUUUCGCUGCUGGAAGAGCUGCCGCUUUCAAAAUGUUCGAAACGAUCAAGAGGAGUCCAAAGAUUGAUGCUUACGAUAUGAGCGGUUCUGUUCUUGAGGAUAUUAGAGGAGACAUUGAGCUUAAAGAUGUUUACUUUAGGUAUCCGGCUAGGCCUGAUGUUCAAAUCUUUGCUGGAUUCUCACUCUUUGUACCAAAUGGCAAGACGGUGGCUUUGGUGGGACAGAGCGGAAGCGGAAAAUCGACGGUUAUCAGUCUAAUCGAAAGGUUCUAUGAUCCGGAGUCAGGACAAGUAUUGAUAGACAACAUUGAUUUGAAGAAACUUCAGCUCAAAUGGAUAAGAAGCAAAAUCGGUUUGGUUAGCCAAGAACCUGUCUUGUUUGCGACCACGAUAAAGGAGAACAUUGCUUAUGGGAAAGAAGACGCGACUGAUCAAGAGAUUCGAACUGCGAUUGAGCUCGCUAAUGCGGCUAAAUUCAUUGAUAAACUCCCACAGGGUUUGGAUACAAUGGUAGGAGAGCACGGGACACAAAUGUCUGGCGGGCAGAAACAGAGACUAGCAAUCGCUAGGGCGAUUUUGAAAAACCCUAAAAUAUUGCUUUUAGAUGAAGCAACAAGCGCCUUAGACGCAGAAUCCGAACGGAUUGUUCAAGAUGCGCUCGUGAACUUAAUGUCAAACCGGACUACCGUUGUGGUCGCUCACCGGUUGACCACAAUAAGAACUGCAGACGUAAUCGCUGUUGUCCACCAAGGAAAAAUUGUCGAGAAAGGAACUCACGAUGAGAUGAUUCAAGAUCCCGAGGGAGCUUAUUCACAGCUUGUUCGUCUUCAAGAAGGAUCAAAAGAAGAAGCUACCGAAUCAGAGAGACCUGAAACAAGCUUAGACGUCGAGAGGUCAGGAAGUCUUAGGCUAUCAUCUGCGAUGAGAAGAUCCGUUAGCCGGAAUUCAUCGAGCAGCCGCCAUUCUUUCUCUCUCGCUUCCAAUAUGUUCUUUCCGGGAGUUAACGUCAACCAAACCGACGAGAUGGAAGACGAGGAAAACAACGUGAGGCACAAGAAAGUGUCAUUAAAACGACUUGCUCACCUUAACAAACCGGAAAUUCCGGUUUUGGUACUCGGUUCAAUUGCUGCAAUGGUUCAUGGAACGGUGUUUCCCAUCUUCGGUUUAUUGCUUUCCAGCUCAAUCAAUAUGUUCUAUGAACCAGCAAAGAUACUGAAGAAAGAUUCACAUUUUUGGGCGCUGAUUUAUAUCGCUCUCGGUUUAACCAAUUUCGUCAUGAUCCCGGUCCAAAACUAUUUCUUUGGAAUCGCUGGAGGGAAAUUGAUUAAACGCAUCCGAUCAAUGUGUUUUGAUAAAGUGGUUCAUCAAGAAAUCAGUUGGUUCGAUGACACAGCCAAUUCCAGGAGUUUGGUAGGAGAUGCAUUGGCGUUAAUAGUACAAAACAUAGCUACUGUAACCACUGGGUUGAUAAUAGCGUUUACAGCGAAUUGGAUCCUAGCUCUCAUAGUUCUUGCUCUCUCACCAUUUAUUGUCAUCCAAGGAUAUGCUCAAACCAAGUUCUUGACUGGUUUCAGCGCUGAUGCUAAGGCGAUGUAUGAAGAAGCGAGUCAAGUGGCGAAUGAUGCAGUGAGCAGCAUAAGAACGGUUGCAUCUUUCUGUGCAGAGGAGAAAGUGAUGGAUUUAUACCAACAAAAAUGCGAUGGACCGAAGAAGAACGGUGUCCGGUUAGGUCUUUUGAGCGGUGCUGGUUUCGGUUUCUCAUUCUUUUUCCUCUAUUGCAUCAAUUGUGUAUGUUUCGUCAGUGGUGCCGGGUUGAUUCAAAUUGGUAAAGCCACAUUUGGUGAAGUCUUCAAGGUUUUCUUUGCAUUGACGAUUAUGGCGAUUGGAGUUUCUCAAACGAGUGCUAUGGCACCUGAUUCAAACAAAGCUAAAGACUCUGCAGCUUCGAUUUUCGAUAUUCUCGAUAGUACACCGAAGAUUGAUUCUAGCUCUGAUGAAGGUACAACGUUACAAAACGUUAAUGGUGAUAUCGAAUUCCGACAUGUUAGUUUCCGAUACCCAAUGCGACCGGACGUUCAGAUUUUCAGAGAUUUGUGCUUGACUAUCCCUUCUGGAAAGACCGUUGCACUUGUUGGAGAGAGCGGGAGCGGGAAAUCAACGGUGAUAAGCAUGAUUGAGAGGUUUUAUAAUCCAGAUUCAGGCAAGAUUUUGAUCGAUCAGGUGGAGAUUCAGACAUUUAAAUUGAGUUGGUUAAGGCAACAGAUGGGUUUGGUUAGUCAAGAACCGAUUUUGUUCAACGAGACGAUCAGAUCAAACAUAGCUUAUGGUAAAACCGGUGGAGCCACAGAGGAAGAGAUUAUAGCAGCAGCAAAAGCCGCAAACGCACAUAACUUCAUCAGCUCAUUGCCUCAGGGUUACGAUACGUCGGUUGGAGAACGCGGUGUUCAGCUAUCGGGCGGUCAGAAACAGAGGAUUGCGAUUGCGCGCGCGAUUUUGAAAGAUCCUAAGAUUUUGUUGCUUGAUGAAGCGACGAGUGCAUUGGACGCAGAAUCUGAGCGUGUUGUUCAGGAUGCACUUGAUCGAGUUAUGGUUAAUCGAACCACUGUAGUUGUGGCUCAUCGGCUUACGACGAUUAAGAACGCAGACGUGAUCGCGGUUGUGAAAAACGGAGUUAUUGCUGAGAAAGGAAGGCAUGAGACACUGAUGAAGAUUUCAGGUGGUGCUUAUGCUUCUCUUGUCACUCUGCACAUGAGUGCAAAUUAAGAGACUUUUUGUUUUUGGUUGGAAUGAAAGAGAGAAUUUUUGGAAUUGAUUCGUUAAUUUUGUCCAUUGGAACUCAUAAAUUUGAGACAAACAGAUCCUUUUACUUCGAGCUUUAAAAGCCUCGUACCACACUAA